AUGUCGACAACCCGGUACACUGCACCAGUCUCCGAAUCGAUGCCAAUUCUGGAGACUCGUCAACAACUCAAUGAUAUGGCAAUGCAAUUCCCACUCGGUACUUUGGACGACAGGAAUGGAGGUUAUUAUCUUCUCGAUCACGAUGCUACCAUUUUAGCUGUCGCGUCUGAUUCCCUCUGUGAAGAACUGGAUGCUGCAAUGGAGGCCGCAGAACGAUACCUCAGCAGCCAUCCGGAAAUUGAUGACGGGAGCGAAUCUAUUGCACCUCAAAGUGACGAGGCAGACUAG